UGCUUUCCUGUCUCGUUCCUUCUUCAACCUCUUAGUUUUCAACAAUGUAUAACUGCAUCAAUUCAAAGUAGUAGUAUACUAUCACACCUCAACUAAAUUAGAACAUCAUUAUCCUCCAUCGUUUCUCUUUUCUUCAUUCCAUUUCAGGAAACAAUUAAUUUUUCUUCCUUUUUCAAUAUUUCUGUCGGCGAAUCUUCAAGCUCCAUUUUUUCACCAGAAAAAAGAUUCUCCAAGAACCACAUAGGGGGAAAACAAUUUUUGUUCUCACUUGAUCCUUCCUCUUGAACUGAGGUUGGAGAACCUCGUGGAAGAAAACAAGCUGAGAUGAUUAACACCCAAAGAAACAAAUUCGUAAGGUUUACUGAAAAUGAAGAUCUAUGGACGAAAACCAGUAGACCAUCAGUAACUUCAGUUAUGAAAAUCGUUAGACGAAGCUUGGAGAAAGGCUCAGAGAAAAUCAAAACCUUUAAGCAGCCAUUAAAGUUUCAUCCUCCGAAGAAGAAGGAGAACAAGAACAAGAUACUUAGAGUAAUGAAUCCCAACGACUCGUAUCUUCAAAACUGGAACAAGAUUUUCUUGCUCCUAUGUGUUGUAGCUUUAGCAUUUGAUCCUCUGUUUUUCUAUAUCCCCGUGGUGAAUGCGGAGAAGUUCUGUCUUACUCUAGACACGAAACUGGAGGCAGUCGCUUGCGUUUUCCGCAGUUUCAUCGACGCUUUCUAUGUAGUUCACAUGUUGUUUCAGUUUCGCACCGGUUUCAUCGCUCCUUCUUCUCGUGGUUUCGGGAGAGGAGAGCUUGUCGAGAAUUUUAAAUCAAUCGCUAUAAGAUACCUCUGCUCAUACUUUGUAAUCGAUGUUCUUUCGAUUCUCCCUAUUCCGCAGGUAGUGGUUCUAGCUAUAGUUCCAAGGAUGGAACGACCUGCGUCGCUGGUAACAAAAGAGCUACUAAAAUGGGUAAUAUUUUGUCAAUAUGUUCCGAGGAUAGCAAGAAUCUAUCCGCUUUUUAAAGAAGUAACAAGAACUUCUGGUCUUGUUACUGAAACUGCUUGGGCUGGAGCUGCACUGAACCUGUUCCUCUACAUGUUAGCGAGCCAUGUCUUUGGGUCUUUUUGGUAUUUGAUUUCGAUAGAAAGGAAAGAUAGAUGUUGGCGGGAAACGUGUGCUAACAUAACCGGAUGCAAUCAUAUGAACUUAUACUGUUCGCCAACCGGAGGAGUGGACAAUAGGGAUUUCUUAAAGGGUUCUUGCCCGUUGAUAGAUCCAGAGGAAAUCACAAACUCGACGGUUUUCAACUUUGGUAUAUUCGCUGAGGCAUUGCAGUCUGGAGUUGUGGAGUCGAGAGAUUUCCCCAAGAAGUUUUUCUACUGCUUCUGGUGGGGUCUCCGUAAUCUCAGUGCUUUGGGACAAAACUUGAAGACGAGUGCCUUUGAAGGAGAGAUCAUCUUUGCGAUUGUCAUUUGUGUCUCUGGACUGGUCUUGUUUGCUCUUCUCAUAGGAAACAUGCAGAAAUAUUUGCAAUCAACUACGGUAAGAGUUGAGGAAAUGAGAGUGAAAAGGAGAGAUGCAGAGCAAUGGAUGUCUCACCGUAUGUUGCCAGAUGAUUUGAGAAAACGUAUCCGCAAAUACGAACAGUAUAAAUGGCAAGAGACACGAGGUGUUGAGGAAGAAGCUCUUCUCUCUAGUCUUCCUAAAGAUCUCAGAAAAGACAUUAAACGACACCUUUGUCUGAAUUUGCUUAAAAAGGUGCCUUGGUUUAAAGCCAUGGAUGAUCGGUUACUAGAUGCACUAUGUGCUCGUUUGCAAACUGUUCUUUACACAGAGAAGAGUUACAUUGUGCGCGAAGGCGAACCAGUGGAAGAAAUGUUGUUUAUAAUGAGAGGAAACCUAAUUAGCGCCACGACUUAUGGUGGCAAAACUGGAUUCUUCAAUUCUGUUAGCUUGAGUGCUGGUGAUUUCUGUGGAGAUCAUCUUCUCACCUGGGCACUAGAUCCUCACACUUCUCACUUCCCUAUCUCUAGUAGAACCGUUCAAGCUCUGACAGAAGUCGAAGGCUUUAUCCUCUCAGCUGAUGAUCUCAAGUUUUAUUCGGUGCAAUGGCAGACAUGGGCAGCAUGUUUUAUACAAGCAGCAUGGAAGAGACAUUGUAGAAGGAAGCUCUCAAGGGCUUUACGUGAAGAAGAAGGCAAACUACAAAACACACUUGAGAACGAUGACUCGGGAGGCAAUAGACUUAACUUAGGUGCUGCGAUUUAUGCGUCUAGGUUUGCUUCUCAUGCUCUAAGGAAUCUGAGGGCUAAUGCAGCAGCUCGCAACUCUAGGUUUCCUCAGAUGCUAUCUUUGUUGCCUCAGAAACCAGCCGAUCCUGAGUUUGAUGCUAGGAAUCUGGAUAGAUCUUCUUCAACCUUUCUAUCGGUAAAUGUGAAUUUCAAGAAUGUUAGACGAGGCUUAAAGAAGAUUUACGGGAAAAUGAAAACCAUUGAACACUGGAGGAAGAUUGUCUUGUCCGUUUGCGUUGUGGCUUUGGCUAUUGAUCCUAUGUUUUUAUUUAUCCCUGUGAUCGAUCCUCACAGAUUCUGCUCUACUUUGGACAAAAAGCUUGCCGCAGCAGUUUGUGUUUUGCGUACCUUUAUUGACACAUUCUAUGUGAUUCACAUCGUUUUUUAUUUUAUAACCGAGGUCAUUGCUCCUCGAUCGCAAGUCUCUUUGAAAGGAGAGAUUGUUGUGCCCUCUAAGGCUAAAAGGAGAAGACGUAACUUGUUUUACUUCAUUGUUGACAUUCUUUCUAUUCUCCCCAUUCCACAGAGAAAGUCAGAAACGAUUAGAGAUGUGCAACUGAAAAUCUUGCAAGGUGGUGAUUCUCGCUCUCAUUCCAAGACAAGAACAAACUACUUCACUGGUGACAAAGGAGACACUGAAAUGGGUUAUGUUCUGUCAAUAUAUACCGAGAAGCAUCCGUAUCUAUCCAAUUUUCAAAGAAGUGACAAGAGCGUCUGGUACAGUAGCCGAAACGAAGUGGGUUGGAGCGACUUUAAACCUUUUCCUCUACAUGCUUCCGAGUCAUGUAAGUCCUUGCUCUCGCUCAUAUCGGUUAGUUAUAUUUUGUCAAACACAACAACCAUUGUUGCAGCUAUGAAGGAGAUUGAUGGCCAGGUGAUUGGAGCUUUCUGGUACUUGAGUGCGAUAGAAAGAAAAGACAAAUGCUGGCGUGAGGCAUGUGCUAAUACAUCUGGAUGUAAUCUCAAGGAUCUCUACUGUGCACGAGGUGCCAGAGACAAUAGUCGCUUUCUGAACACUUCAUGCCCAUUGAUCGACCCUGACCAAAUCACAAACUCUACAGUCUUCAACUUUGGUAUGUACAUUGAUGCACUCAAGUCUCGGGUGGUAGAGUCAAGGGAUUUUCCAAGGAAGUUCUUCUACUGCUUUUGGUGGGGUCUUCGAAAUCUUAGCGCUUUGGGCCAAAACCUAGUUACAAGCAACUCUGUAGGGGAGAUGAUUUUUGCUAUAAUCAUAUGUGUCUCUGGUGUACUAUUGUUUGCUGUGCUCAUUGGAAACGUCCAGAAGUACUUGCAAUCAACUACUAUUAGAGUAGAUGAAAUGGAAGAGAAAAAGAGAGACACAGAAAAAUGGAUGUCAUAUAGGGUGCUACCAGAGUAUCUCAAGGAACGCAUCAGGGGAUACGAGGAUUACAAAUGGCGAGAAACUAGAGGCAUCGAAGAGGACGCUCUUCUUCGCAGCCUUCCAAAAGACAUCAGACUUGAAACCAAACGCCAUCUUUACAUGCAACUGUUGAAACGUGCUCCUUGGCUCAACAUCAUGGAUGAUGGUUGGCUACUAGAAGCACUGUGCGACCGCGUGAAGUCUGUGUUCUACUCGGCCAACAGCUACAUUGUGAGACAGGGUGACCCGGUUGAGGAAAUACUGAUUGUAACCAAAGGCAAACUUAUAAGUUCAACUGAGUCUCAUGGAUGGUUCAAUGCUGUUCUCCUCGGAGCAGGUGACAUAUGUGGAGAACAACUCUUUUUGAUUCUUGAUCCACAUACUGGCUCUCGCCUUCCCAGAUCAAACAGAACCGUAAAGACACAUACAGAUGUCGAAGGCUUCAUUCUAUUGCCUGAUGAUGUCAAGUUCGUAGCUUCGCACUUCAAUCGCUCUCAAAACAUGAGGCUCAAACACAUGUUCCACUCAGUGGAAUGGCAAACAUGGGGAGCAUGCUUAAUACAAGCAGUAUGGAGGGCACACUGCCUAAGGAAGACAUGGGGAGCAUGCUUAAUACAAGCAGCAUGGAGGGUACACUGCCUAAGGAAGACACAAGAUCAGCAAACACCACAACUCAGUUUCGGAGCAACUCUUUACGUGUCGAGAUUUGUGUACAAAGCUUUGAGAUAUCGAUGGGGAAAUACAUCAGGGUUUUCCCCAUCUCCACCUCCCGUACCUCACAAACCAGCCGAUCCAGAGUUUUCAAAGGAUGAAGCCUAGUCUAUAGCUGAGGAAAGUGAAGACUCAUUGUUUUCUAUUUACCUUAAUGUAAGUGAUUGUGUAGAAUUUUUUUGCAAAUACUUCACCAUUGCCACUCAAUUACAUUAUUAUUUAUACGGUCGAUGAUUCUGGCUUUUGAGAAGACAAGACACAUAUAACACUCAGAAAGCGGAAACGAAGAUUCUUCAAUCACUUA